AUGCGCCGCCCAGGCAAGCCUACCGGCGGGCGUCACACCCCAGGCCCACCCGGUGGGGCGCCACUCACCGGGAGCGCGCACGCGUCGGCAGCCAGAUUUCCUUCGCCCUCUGGGUCUCGGGUGUUUCCUUUUUUAAGCCGGUCGCCGCAAGCUGAGGCUGUGAUUGCACUCCUUCUCGGCGCAUGCUCAGCCCUGAGCUGCGGAGGGGUUCCCGGGUGCCGGAGGAGACUCCCGCUCCCUUGGGCCGCGCGUUUGCGCGAUCCGCGGCAGCCGCCAGCCGUGCAGGAAAACCGAGAUCUCCCUGGCGCUCCUUCCCUGCACCGGUUACUGGAAAGCAGGGGAGGCGGGGCCUGGUCGGCUGAGGGUGCGGCCGAACCCGGGAGUGUUAACUUUGGGUCAGGGCGGCUUUGGUGUUCACCCUGGAUUCGAGGAGCGAGGAGGAGAGAAAGGAGAGUUUCUUGUAUGAGGGAUCCAGAGGCUAAAAAGCAGACCCUCUCUCAGACCCUCUCUCUCUUGAAAAGCAACUCAUUUUGCGAAUGCCAGGAAAAAAUUUUCGGGUGUUGGCGGGUGAAAGACUUUUUUCCCCUUCCAAUGGUAUCACUUGCGUUUUGCCUCCUUGGACUGGAAGAGGGGAUUUGUGAAGGUGACUGGAUCUCCAGACUCUUCCCUUCCCCUCUCCUGCAGGUGCACUGCUUUAGUCGCUUCUUAUUGGAGGGUGGGCCUGGGGAGACCGGACGUGAAUCCUUGGCUGGAGGAGGGAAGCCAAAGAAGUGUGCUCAAGAGAAAAGGAACAUCAGAAUCGAGGAACUUAUUCAGAUCCCUGAUCAUUCACCUGAGGAUUUUUCUGUCAACAGUGGGAAAGCAUGAUGGAGUCAUCAUAUGACAGGAUUUUAGUAGACAUUUUUUUUCCUGCUUAGCAGUCUUUCCCUAUUCUGAUCAUUUCCUUUGGAGAGCUAUCCUUUCUUCACUCUCAGACCAUGUGGCUGAGGCAGGACUCCAGAGGAAAACAUAUUUGAGUUAAUCUUCUGCCUUAGGUUAGACUUACUAAGAAGGGUGAUCUCUCUUUUCCAAUGGAUUUAAGUCUGGAAAAAUGGAAGCCUGAAGCCAUCUUCCCACUCACAGAUUCUGAGAAAAAAGGCAACAUGGAAGAAAGCAGAUUCAGAAAUGGAGAUUUGGCCUGGAGACAUGUGUGAUGCCCUGAAUCCAUUGUGGACUAGAUAAUUCUGGAAAUUUCAGCUAAAUUACUCAAUAAAUUCUUUCAUGUAUCUAUUGCUUAAA